AGUAAACCAGAUGGUCACUUAGUUAGCUGGCAAAGGUUAGCCAGCCUGCUAACCCAAACCGAGAGUUUUGCCCUCAGCGGUACCGACAACUUCACGUUCAGCGGGACUGCUUUUACUCUACCACAGCGGAGUGAAAGCUCAGGUUGCUGUGUGACUCGCUGGGUCUUUGCCAAGGAGUUCUCACGCGCUUUACAACAAGCACACACGCAGACCUCUGCUGACCCAUGCUCCUGUCUUGCACAAUCAAAAUACUGCAUGCACACACUGACCAGCCACAGAAAACACAUUCACAGACCUACUCUAACCCUUCUCACAGCUUACCGCAAACACAGCUACUGGAACCCAUUACACACAUUUCACCACUCCCCUCCUUCUUCCACUUCUUCUGCUCUCCCCUGCUCCUCCCCUCUGCAUACCGCUGGAGCUGCGCAGGACUUCUCUGCUCUUCCUGAAUUUUAAAAUUUGUGCAAACCACAGCGAGGAACACCAACACUCUGCCACUGAGUUGUGCACAUAUCAGCGUGAUGGCAACAUGAUAAAAUGUACGGAAUAGAUUUCUGCCACAUCAUUUUCUGGACGCAUUAAUCUCAUUAUAAUGAAGAUUCCUGCCUCCUCAAUUAUUUGCGAUUCUUUGGCUUUGACCCCAGAACGUGCUGACAAGAGAUGCUCACUGAUUAAUCUUUCUGGAUAUCUUCUGCUUCUCCUUACACAGUGAGUGAUCAAGAUGAAGACCACAGACAUUACUUGUUCUAUUAGUAGACAAUAACAAGUACAGUUCUGCUUACACGUACAAGAAAAUAGUAGGGAGUGUAGUGUAUUGAUAUACACUGAUAUCUAUCGACCAUCCAGCAACAUAAACGGCUCCUCUGAAGUCAAACCAGACUGUAAUGGGGAGAGAAGCAGGGGAGAGGGAGGCUCCUGGCCUUCCGGAGAAGAGGAAACCCAAGGAGGAAGCAGAAGAGAGUGAUAGUGAGAAGGAGGUGGAAGAGGUGGGCAGAGGUGUGCCGAUCCCCCUGCACCGCUGGGUAAUGCACGGAGCCGUGAUGUUUGGACGCGAGUUCUGCUACGCCAUGGAAACGGCCCUUGUGACGCCAGUGCUGCUGCAGAUAGGUCUUCCGGAGCAAUAUUACAGUUUAACCUGGUUCCUCAGUCCUAUCCUGGGUCUCCUCUUCACACCUGUGAUAGGCUCAGCCAGUGACCGAUGUACCCUGCCAUGGGGCCGGAGAAGACCAUUCAUUCUGGCCCUGUGUGUAGGUGUGCUGCUGGGAGUGGCGCUCUUUUUAAAUGGAUCAUUAAUAGGCCUUUCCAUUGGUGAUAGUCCCAGCAACCAGCCAAUUGGCAUCGUCCUCACUGUACUAGGUGUGGUGGUGCUGGACUUCUGCGCUGAUGCCUCUGAGGGACCAAUCAGAGCUUACCUUCUUGAUGUUGCUGACACCGAGGAGCAAGAUAUGGCCCUGAAUAUUCAUGCCUUCUCUGCUGGGCUCGGCGGAGCAGUGGGCUACAUGCUUGGUGGUCUCGACUGGACUGGCACAGCUCUGGGCCAAGCAUUUAAAUCACAGGAACAGGUCCUCUUCCUGUUUGCAGGCAUCAUCUUCAUUAUCUCUGUCACACUGCACAUGCUCAGUAUCCCUGAGCAACCUUUCCAUCCAUCCAACAAGUUUAAAGCCACAGGAAGUGGGGAGUCUACCAGCCACUUGUCUUUUAGGCCCAUUGGCCACACGCCACCUUUUCUAGAUGUGAUUGCAGAGGAGGAUGCUUCUGCCUCCCUGUCCCGAGAGGACAACGACUCGGAUCCUGAGGAAGGGGAAAUGGACUUCCUUGCUGUGGAGCGAGUGAGGAGUAAAAGCGACUCAAUCUUAGCCAUGCCAGAUGCUACAAUCGAGUUGGAUGCUGACCUCCACCCAGACUCACAACAUUUCCUGCCAGAGGUGCAUCACUAUCUACCAGAGAUGCCGGGAGAGAUGGACGAUGUUUUCAAGCCAUCGGACCACAUUAUUGGGUCCUCGUCUCCUUCUGGUGGGCAACCCGCCCUUACUGAUGGGACAGUGGGUCCAACAAAUGGUCCGACUUCUCUCCUUCAGCUCAGUUCUGGAUCAGCGGACUCGCAUCUGAAAACACAGCAGGUCAAGGCUGCCAAUGGUGUCAAUGCUGGCUUGUCUUCUUCUGACCACUCCAAUGCAAUGAAAGAGCAGGCCUCCACUAGGCUGGCGAACCGCCCCACCAACACCUCAGUUUCAUCCCGGCCACACCCACACAUCUUCUACAGACAACCCUCCUUUACUUUCUCCUACUACGGACGAGUGGGGUCACAGCGCUAUCGACUGCGACGGACAGCACCUUCAAGUCCCCGGCCAAUCUCCACCUCCCGCAGUCUGAAUGAUCUGAGUGACCUCCAGCAGCAUGCAGACAGACGGGAGUUGCAGCUGUCAGCUAGCAGUCUGUCGUCCGAGUGCUCCAGCUGUGAGGGAGGACCAGACAAGGGUACAACUGUUCGACUGCUCUGGUUAUCCAUGUUGAAGAUGCCGAGGCAGCUGUGGAGAUUGUGUGUGUGUCACCUCCUCACGUGGUUCUCCAUUAUAGCUGAAGCUGUGUUUUAUACCGAUUUCAUGGGACAAGUCAUUUACCACGGAGAUCCCACGGCCCCAGCAAAUUCCACAGAGCUACAAAACUAUAACAAAGGAGUACAGAUGGGCUGCUGGGGACUGGUGGUCUACGCUGCUACUGCUGCAGUCUGCUCUGCAAUCCUUCAGAAGUACCUGGAUAAUUUUGAUCUGAGCAUUAAGGUUGUCUACAUUGUUGGAACUCUGGGAUUCUCAAUAGGUACUGCUGUCAUGGCGAUCUUCCCUAAUGUUUAUGUUGCCAUGGUGAUGAUCAGUGGCAUGGGCAUCAUCUCCAUGAGUAUCUCCUACUGUCCUUAUGCAUUACUUGGGCAGUACCAUGAAAUCAAAGAGUAUAUUCACCACAGUCCAGCAAACACUAGAAGAGGUUUUGGCAUUGACUGCGCUAUCUUAUCCUGCCAGGUCUAUAUCAGCCAGAUUUUGGUUGCAUCGGCCCUUGGAGCUGUGGUAGAAGCAGUGGGCAGUGUGCGUGUCAUUCCUGCAGUGGCCUCUGGGGGCUCCUUUCUUGGCUUCCUUACAGCCUGCUUCCUCGUCAUUUAUCCUGACUUGGAGCCCAGCCACUCAGAGAAGGACCAGGUGGUGCAUUUACCUGGCGAUUCAGACACAAGUGGAGAAAGGACCAGUAACCAGAGGUUGGCUCUGCUGAGCCUCACAGAUGGAGAUAGUUUGAAGGAGACAGGGAAUCACUCUGUUGCCUGAGCAUAAACAUGUAAAGAAUUGUUUGGUUUAUCCUCACAAGCCACAGCAUGUGGGGAUUAUACCAAAUGCACCUGAUUUACAAGUUUGUCAGUCUGUGCCUUUCUGAAGGAGGAAGGGUGACGAAAGAGGAAAAACGUGGCAGAAAUUAGACGUUCUGUCGACAGAAAAAUGGGUGGGAUGGAUUUGGAUAGAUUAUCUUCUUGGAUAGGGGACUGACAAGAGCAAACAAUCUCCGUUUUGGGUUGCUCUGCUUGUCUUUUUUUGCUACCUCAAACAUAAAACAAAUAAAUGUUUAAUGGUUAGAUGCAGAGAAGUAAGCCA